AUGGCGGCUGCGGCUGCGGAUUUGGCAAUCUCCGUCUGGUUGUUGGUGGCGGCGGCGGCGGUUGCUGCCGGAUCGCCGGCCACUCUGACACUGGAAAGAGCGUUUCCAACGAAUCAUGGAGUGGAGUUGAAUCAGCUGAGAGCUCGCGACGAGCUGAGGCAUCGCAGAAUGUUGCAGUCUUCAAACGGCGUGGUAGAUUUUUCUGUCCAAGGCACCUACGAUCCCUUCCAAGUCGGGCUCUACUUUACAAAGGUACAGUUGGGUACUCCUCCAGUGGAAUUUAAUGUGCAGAUUGACACUGGCAGUGAUGUCCUCUGGGUUAGUUGUAACUCCUGCAGUGGUUGUCCUCAAACAAGUGGGCUUCAGAUACAGCUAAAUUUUUUUGACCCCGGGAGUUCAUCAACAUCUUCACUGAUCGCUUGUUCUGACCAAAGGUGCAGUAGUGGGAUACAAUCAUCAGAUGCCAGCUGUUCCAGUCAGAACAACCGGUGCUCAUACACUUUCCAGUAUGGAGAUGGCAGUGGGACAUCAGGCUAUUAUGUGUCAGAUAUGAUGCAUUUGAACACUAUUUUUGAGGGAUCUGUGACCACUAAUUCUACAGCGCCUGUUGUUUUUGGUUGUAGCAACCAGCAGACUGGGGACUUGACAAAGUCUGAUAGAGCAGUUGAUGGAAUAUUUGGAUUUGGGCAACAGGAAUUGUCUGUCAUCUCCCAGCUCUCCUCACAAGGGAUAGCUCCAAGAGUAUUCUCCCACUGUCUGAAAGGAGAUAGCAGUGGAGGGGGUAUAUUGGUUCUUGGUGAGAUUGUGGAGCCAAACAUUGUUUACAGCUCACUUGUUCCAUCACAGCCUCAUUACAAUUUAAAUCUACAGAGCAUCUCUGUCAAUGGCCAAACAUUGCAAAUUGAUUCAUCAGUUUUUGCAACAUCAAACAACAGAGGUACAAUUGUUGAUUCUGGAACAACUUUGGCGUACCUUGCUGAAGAGGCUUAUGAUCCCUUUGUCAAUGCGAUUACAGCUACAAUUCCACAAUCUGUACGCACUGUCGUUUCCAAGGGAAAUCAGUGUUACUUAAUCACCACUAGUGUCACUGACGUUUUUCCUCAAGUAAGUCUGAACUUUGCUGGUGGGGCAUCUAUGCUUUUAAGACCACAGGAUUACCUGAUACAGCAGAAUUCUAUUGGUGGUGCAGCAGUGUGGUGUAUUGGCUUUCAGAAAAUCCAGGGUCAAGGAGUAACAAUUCUAGGAGAUCUCGUAUUAAAAGACAAAAUUGUUGUUUAUGAUCUGGCUGGUCAACGCAUUGGAUGGGUUAACUAUGACUGUUCUUUGUCAGUGAAUGUCUCUGCAUCAACUGGCACUGGCAGAAGUGAAUUCGUGAAUGCUGGAGAAUUAGGUGGAAGCAUUUCUUUACGUGAUGGACUUCAGUUGACGAAGACAGGGUUCUUGGCUUUCUUUGUGCAUCUAACACUAAUUUACUGCCUUGGAUUCUUAUAG